AUGGAAGAAUCAUUCGAACUUGCAAACUUCGUCCCAGUGUUCUUUAUUCUUGCUGUCUUGCUGAUAUCGGCGUCCGUGAUUGCUUGGUAUAGCGUUACACAAGUCUUUAGCAAAAUCUCAAGUCACAUUGCACAAACGUCGAUGGAGUCGUCGACUGCUAUCAAGUACCACAUCCCACCUAUGAUCAUCUUUGUGGUCGUUGUUAUUUCGUGCCUCAUUAUUGGCUUCCUGGUCGACUACAUUAUGCAAAAACACGGGUGCUGUGGUCGUCGUGGUGGAUGCUGCAGGCCGGAGCAAGAGCGUCCUGAUGGCGGUGGAGAUGGACUAGGAGCCAUCCCUCUGGCGUCAAUAAAUACUCAAAAUAAUCAACUACCUCGAAGACUUCCACUGCUUCCAAGCGCUCCGCAGCAGGACACGCGUGUCUGA